AUGGACAGCGAAGCGGUGCAGCCAUUUCUUGGAGUGUGCUUCCGGGCAUACUACACGCUGGGUGGUGCUUGCGAGGAGAGUGCGCUUAGUGUCCGCCUCUUGGGAUUGCUAGCUUAUGCAAAGUCCAAAGCAUGCGACACGCGCGAGCUGCUCAAGUACGCAACUAGGGCGGCAGUUAGGGCGGUCGACAAGGCAACAGUGUCCUUGUCUGACGUUGACUCGUUCUAUUCCGAGUUCCUGGGCCAGACAAAGACGCUUGUUGAAUUGGCAAAUCUGUCACCAGAGUUGGUCGAGUUUUGCCACCACGUAUUGCUUGUGCGCCGGAAGACCAGGGACAUGAAAAGCUCGCUUGCUGCCUGUCGUCUGCUUUUGUCGUUGCAGCGGUCUAGCGAUCUUGCUCCCAGCACCGCUGGAGAACUGAUUUUCAGGCUGCUAGAGUUGGACUCGCAUGUGCACUACGUGUUAGAGAACGGAGCUGUGCAUGAUCAAAUUGUCUCUAUGGCCACCAAGAUACCGCCGCUUGUGGCUGCAGCGCUCGACUCCAGUGUCCGACAUACACUUGCUGGAUGGAACGCCAUGGCCCUGUGUGGGGACACCAUGCGCAAGACAGCAAAGCGGGUGCUUGCCCACCUUUCUAAACCCGCGGCUAAGAAUCUGCAAGACAUCCUGUCCGUCUCAUUGCUUCCAUUGCUGGAUGCUGCCGACCGCGUUUACCAGGCGUAUGUGUCCAGGGGAGCAGCGGCUAAGGCUGAGGGCACUGGCGGCCCCAGCAUAUCCACACUGCUCAAUUGCAACGCCGAGGUGUGCCUGAUGGUCAUCCAGUUGGCCGUCCAAUAUCAGGAACACAGCGCGCAGGCACAGUCUGGCGUGCCCAGGCACAGCGACCGCUUGCUAGCGCUGUGCCGUGAAUCACAGUGUAGCCGGGGCUUUCUGCGCAACCACUCAGCAGUGUUCUUUAACCUGGGCGCCGGCCUAUACCAGCUGAAGAUUUACUUGCGGGCAGCACAGGCUAUGAAUCUGGCCAUUCAAAGCUUGUCUCUGUGGAUAACACAAUCUCUUUCAAAAACUCAAGGGUCGAUGCGACGUGCUUGGACAGCUGUGCAAGCGCUACGAGAUCAUGGCGCUGUAUCGUGGAUGGCGGCGCAGUUCAAGGACCAGAUUCAUAGCACCAUUGUCGCCACAGACGUCACGCUGCCGCCAAAUAGCUCUUUGCGCGACAAGGAUUCUCGUGUUGUCGACCGCUACGCUCGCAUGUGCGCCAGAAGACUUCUCAGCGACCCCGAUGAGCCAAUGGCACACACCUCUUUGCAGCAAUUUUCGGAUAUGGACAAUCAGCGUUGCUCGCUGGGAUUUGCGCGCUGUAUCUUGGAGCAGGCGAAAAUUGACCGCGACCAGGGCAAGCUCGAGUUGAGCAUCGAGCGGCUGCACACAGCGUUGGAGGUUGCCAAGUCGUUGUCGGGUGAUUGCAUUUAUGUUCUCAACGUCGUUGCUGAGUGCUACGCCUGGUUGGCUGUCAUCAGCAUUGAGGCCAACGGACACGACAGCGACAAUGUAUCUGCUUGCACCAGUGUUUGGUCACUGGUCUGCAGCCGGGCAAGCGAUGAUCGAACUGCCGCAGCGUCGCUGGACACUGGGUUCUUGCGUGGCGCGGUCGAUGUGAUAACCCUGGUCAUAGACUUGCUCAUGUCCCGCGAUGCAUUCGCUCUGCCAGGGCCUGCAGUUGGUCAUGCUGAACAUGGCCUUGCUGUGCGAGUGCCAAGAUCGCUUGUGGGCACCGACGGUCAUGGAAAGUCUGGUGGGCUGGGCAUGACAUGCGUGCUUCAGGGCCAAACUGCAACCGCAGGCAACUACUUUGGCGAAGCCGCCUCGCGAUACGACGCCGGCGUGCUCCCUGUGCAUUUGGCAAUCGGUGACUCGGCUGCCGGGGCUACAGCCAUGGACGAGGCGAGCUAUAUUGCCAGGAGUUCUUUGGAUUUAGGCACCGUUAAUGUCACGGCGGGUCGCAAAAAGCGGCAGGCAGCUGACCCUGACACCUUGAUUCUUUUGUCCCGGGCAUCGCGGGCGUUCUCGGAGCUAGCGCUCAAGCAAGGCAUGUUGGCAGACUCGGUUGAUUUUGCUGUCCACAGCUACCGCAUCCUGAACGCGCUGUUGAAGUCGAUGUCUAUUGCUCACAACCGCGCCCAGCGCGAGCAGGCCAGGAAGACAAUCACUAAGGAGGCCAUUUUAUCUUCCGUUAUGGACGAUCCGUUCGCUGCGGAACCGGCACCCGAGUCUUUGACAGAAGAUGCAGCAGUGAGCAACGAGUCUGCUCCGGAGACGGCCCAGGUAGCUGAGGAGAGCAAUGAGGACAAGAGCGAUGCGCAGUUUCUUGCAUUCAGUGGCAACUGGGAGCUACAGCGCCUGCUUGUCGACAACUUGGCGCACCUGGCCAAGGUGUUCUCGAUUCGCGGCAGCGUCAAGGACGCCGAACACCUUCUGAAAAAGGCCUAG